AUGAGCUUGCCUCAAGGGUAUCAUACUAAAGGUGAUACUAGAGUGUGUAAAUUGGUUAAAUCUUUAUAUGGGUUAAAGCAAGCUCCUAGAAAAUGGAAUGAAAAGUUGUGUUUUGAAUUGUUUAGUUUUGGCUUUGUUCAAAGUAUAAAUGAUUACUCCUUGUUUAUUAAACAAAACAGUAAUUCAAUUGUUGUAUUGUUGGUUUAUGUGGAUGAUAUUAUUCUAACAGGAAGUGAUGAAAUUGAGGUUCAAAAUGUUAAAUCUUUUCUUAACUCAAAGUUUUUGAUUAAAGAUUUGGGAAAAUUGAAUUACUUUCUUGGAAUUGAAGUAGUAGAUACUAAUAAAGGAAUAUGUUUAAAUCAAAGAAAAUAUUGUCUUGAAUUGUUACAUGAGUUUGGUAUGUUAGGCUGUAAGCCUGCUUCAACUCCUUUGGAAGCAAAUUUUGUUCCUAAAAGGAGUAGUGUUAGUAGUGAUCCUUUACUUGAAAACAUUACUGAAUUUCAGAAAUUAGUUGGAAAACUUAUAUAUUUGACUAUUACAAGACCAGAUAUAUCUUAUUGUGUUCAAAUUCUUAGUCAGUUUAUGCAUAAACCACAUAAGUCACAUUUAAACAUAGCUUUUAGAUUACUUAGAUAUUUAAAAAAUUGUCCUGGUCGUGGUAUUUCUAUUGUAAAAUCUGGGAGUUGUGACUUAGUGGGUUAUGUAGAUGCUGAUUGGGCUAAGUGUCUUAAUUCAAGAAAAUCAGUCACUGGAUAUUUGGUUUACUUUGGAAAUUCACUGAUUUCCUGGAAAAGUGAAAAACAAGCUACUGUAUCUAGGUCUUCAACAGAAUCAGAAUACAGAGCUUUAGGUUCUAUUACAUGUGAAAUUAUUUGGGUUUUAAAACUGUUGUUUGAUUUAGGAAUCAAAAGUUCAUUACCUGUUUCAGUUUUUGUGAUAGUGAAUCUGCUAUUAAAUUAG